GUCAUUCUAAUUCUAAUCUUUGCUUAUCGUCGAGGUUAACAUUAACACGUGGCACAUUUUUAUUCGUUGCUUCAACGAUAUUUUCGUCAUUAAGUCGGCACCUCAAAGCUAUAAAAUUCGACCCUUUCUUCCAACCCUCGUUAUCGUACGCAACUCGCAAUUGGAAAUACGGAAAAGUUCUUUGAUAGCAAAAACCUAAUCUUCUUGAUUCUGUUCAUAGCGAUCUUUGUUUCAAGAUGCAAAUCUUCGUGAAAACCUUGACGGGCAAGACCAUCACCCUUGAGGUGGAAAGUUCCGAUACAAUUGAUAAUGUCAAGGCCAAAAUUCAGGAUAAAGAAGGAAUCCCUCCUGACCAGCAAAGGCUUAUUUUCGCCGGAAAACAACUUGAAGAUGGUAGAACCCUUGCCGAUUACAACAUUCAGAAGGAAUCCACACUCCACUUGGUGCUUCGUUUAAGAGGUGGCAUGCAAAUUUUCGUGAAGACCUUGACUGGGAAAACCAUCACCUUAGAGGUUGAAUCCUCGGACACCAUUGACAAUGUAAAAGCCAAAAUCCAAGACAAAGAGGGUAUCCCACCUGACCAGCAGAGGUUGAUUUUUGCUGGGAAGCAGCUUGAGGAUGGAAGGACAUUAGCAGAUUACAACAUUCAGAAGGAGUCGACGCUUCACUUGGUGCUCCGUUUGAGAGGUGGCAUGCAGAUUUUUGUCAAGACCUUGACAGGGAAAACCAUCACAUUAGAGGUCGAAUCCUCGGACACCAUUGACAAUGUCAAAGCCAAAAUCCAAGACAAAGAGGGUAUCCCACCUGACCAGCAGAGGUUGAUUUUUGCUGGGAAGCAGCUUGAGGAUGGAAGGACACUAGCAGAUUACAACAUUCAAAAGGAGUCAACGCUUCACUUGGUGCUCCGUUUGAGAGGUGGCAUGCAGAUUUUUGUCAAGACUUUGACAGGGAAGACCAUAACACUGGAGGUGGAAUCCUCAGAUACCAUUGACAAUGUGAAAGCCAAGAUUCAGGACAAGGAAGGCAUUCCACCAGAUCAGCAGAGGCUCAUCUUCGCCGGUAAGCAGCUUGAAGAUGGAAGGACGCUUGCAGAUUACAAUAUUCAGAAGGAGUCCACUUUACAUUUGGUGUUGCGGCUCCGUGGAGGCAUGCAAAUCUUUGUCAAGACACUAACCGGAAAGACAAUAACCCUGGAGGUCGAAUCUUCAGACACAAUUGACAAUGUCAAAGCAAAAAUCCAAGACAAAGAGGGUAUUCCACCUGACCAGCAGAGACUUAUCUUUGCUGGUAAGCAGUUGGAGGAUGGAAGGACCCUUGCUGAUUACAACAUUCAGAAGGAGUCCACCUUGCAUCUUGUUUUGCGACUCCGAGGUGGAAUGCAAAUCUUUGUCAAGACCUUGACCGGAAAGACAAUCACUUUGGAGGUUGAAAGUUCUGAUACAAUUGAUAAUGUGAAGGCGAAGAUUCAGGACAAAGAGGGUAUCCCACCGGAUCAGCAGAGGCUCAUAUUUGCAGGGAAGCAGCUUGAAGAUGGCCGUACUCUUGCUGAUUACAACAUACAAAAGGAAUCUACUUUGCAUUUGGUUCUGAGGCUCCGUGGUGGUAUGCAAAUUUUUGUGAAGACCUUGACGGGGAAGACCAUUACUUUGGAGGUCGAAAGCUCCGAUACCAUUGAUAAUGUGAAGGCGAAGAUUCAGGACAAGGAGGGUAUUCCCCCGGAUCAGCAGAGGCUCAUCUUUGCUGGCAAACAAUUGGAGGAUGGUCGUACAUUGGCAGACUAUAAUAUCCAAAAGGAAUCGACCCUCCAUCUUGUCCUUCGCCUUCGUGGUGGCUUUUAAACAUGUUGUGUGUGACUGUUAUUGUGGCUUAGUAUCCUUUUCAGGCUUCUGUGCAAUUCAGCCUCUUUAUAUGUUGCUAGUUUUUCUAUGUUAAUUGGAAUUGUGUAAUGGUUUGGACAAUUGCUAUUUGCUACAGAUAAAAAGUCUUACUCUUAUAUAAAAUUGCACUAUUUUACCUA